AGAACAGACGCGACAUAUUUUGCGACUCCUUUCUUUUCGUCGCGGUGUCUGAGGCGCUUAUCUAAUGAUAAGGCUUCGGUUCAUAGUACGUUCGAGAUGCAGGCCUCAUAAGAGACCGGGAUACUCGAGGCCCAGCCUCAGUUAAAGCUGCGUGUGCAAACCGACAAUUAAAGACGGGACGAGUCGCCUAGAAUAGCUUCUUCUCCGCGAUUGUUGGCAGCAACAGCAUCACUCUAAUUUUCGUGUAUAUUGUGUUGUCAUCAUCUUCUGAUUGUUUUCAUCGCUAUUUCAUCCGCUUCUGACGAGAAAGAGAUAAUUAUUUUCUAUCCACGAUCAGAGGAUACAAUCAACCCCCGGGAGGAACUAUCCGCAUUUCAUCAUCCUCUUCUUUCAUUGAAAUAACUGACGGUUAUUUCACAAGACUGAAGUAUGAGUCCUAGGUAUAAGGAUUUUUACCGAUCGACUAGGCCUCUCGAUUCGUAAUCCCUCUCGGACGGGGGUUUCCGAAGGCGAAACAUCGAACGGGAAAACAAAGAUGCCCGCCUGCUCGAGCGAGAGCUCGUCUAGAUUAUGGUCCUCCAGUCCACCAAUGUCGCGAAGCAGCAGCGCGUCGCCGUCGUUACCCGGCACACCGUUGUCCACGUCGCCACCCCGGAUGUCGCCCGUGUCCAUGUUGAAGCGUACGACGUCGAAUGUGACCGUGCCGACGUCCAACGUGCCGAGCAAUCUUUCCCGAGCGUCAUCGCUCUCGAGUAUAUCGACAGUGAUACUCUCCCAGAGACGGCAGCAGCAACGGCAGCAGCAGCAGCAGCAACAUGGUACGCUGGCGGCGGAUAAUCGAAACGCCGUGCGGAGCAACGAUUCCAUACUGUCGAGGAUUCUAUCUUGGUACUUUGGACUUCUGUCAGGUCUAUUUCGAAGUGUCUUCAAUGUUAUCGGCUAUGCGAUCUGGGCGCCUGCCCUCUGGGCAUCCGCCUGGGUCUGUUUGUUCUGGGUGAUUCUACAGCUACCACUGACCGCUCUCAAAUGGUUCAUCACCGUGCUGCACACCCCGGCGUACGAGAGAUCGCGCAACAAGCGAUGUGUUCUGAUCAGCGGUGGUAGCACGGUGCAGGCGGUACAUCUCGCGCGUAAUUUCUACAAAGCUGGCGCCCGGGUGGUGGUGUGCGAUCUCGAGGGUCUGUUCGGCCUGGCCAGAUUUUCCACCGCCUGCUGCAAGUACUACACAAUACCGCGGCCCGGGCCCAGAAAUGUUGUCGAGUACAUAAAAGCGUUGCGGGAUAUCGUUCAACGCGAACGGGUGGCCUACUACAUACCGGUGAGCGCUGCCAGCACGGCGUACUACGACGCCCUGGCGAAGCCGCAUCUGGAGAUCAUGGGUUGCGAGUGCUUCGUGCCCGACGCCAGCGAGGUGACCGCGCUGGACGACCCGUUGGAGCUGCUGCGACGCUGUCGCAUGCUCGGUCUCUCGACUCCGCAGCACUUCCUGCUGCGAUCGAUGCAAGACCUGUCCGGGCUCUACGAAGGCAACGUGUUUCGCACUGGCAGGUACAUGAUGCUAGCCGCCGGUCCCGCCGGGAUGCGCGACCGCGCCAAGAUCCUGCUGCCGCCUACCCUCCAAGAGUUCCGGAAUCAGCAGCACGAGAUCAGCGAGAGGCGACCGUGGGUGGUGAUCCGCGACCCCGACGGAAGUCACUUUAUCACCUGCACUACGGUCAAGGAGUCACGGAUCAUGGCAAACGUGACCUGCCGAGUGGAUGAGGAUCGGGGUCUCAUACCCGAGGAACGUCCGGAGGUGACGCGAUGGCUCGAGCAGUUCUUCGCCCGUUCCUUCGGCGGCAGGAUCAACGGUCACCUGAGCUUCCGGUUGGCGAUGUCAGAGCGGACGGGUGAGCUGAUGUCCCUCAGCUGCCGGGUGGGCGUGAGCCUGCCCUACAUCUGCCACACGGGAAUACAUCCGCGUCUGGUGUGGAAACCCUGCCGACACUUCUCCAGGCAGAACUCAGCGUUGCUGGGCACGUCGAACCGGCAGUUGCCGACCGACGCCAUGGCGAGUGCUCUCAAGCAAUCGACCAGCGAGACCGCGCCCCAUCUUCUGGGCACGGUGCUGGACAAGAGGGAGUCCCUUUUCGUGUAUUGGGACCCGUUGCCCUAUUGCGCCUACUAUCAUCUUCAAUUGCCGUUCAGACGCGUCGCGGGGGCCAUCAGGACGCAGCAUAAUCCACCCUUGGCGGUGGUGCAAUAGGGAGACCCUCGUCCCUAAAGCGCGGGGGCUUUUCUUGCAUCGAGAUCCCAACUGUUCUGCCAUAGCUACUUUUCAGAAACGCAUCGCGAGACUCAUCCAGAGCAUCUUGACUCGAUCCUUGGCCCGCGGUGCAACUGAAGGUUGGAGUGUAGCUAAUAGAGUAUCUGAACCUCAAACGUCGAUCGCGUCUCCGAGAAGAAACGAAAUGUGCCAAAGAGGAGAUCCGCAGAUCAAUUCCGGACGAGAUUCUUAUCCGUACUUAUUUCUUUUUCAUGAGUAAUUGUGUAGAGUGUGAUAUUAUUUAUUGGAGAACAAUGUAUCUGCGCGCGAUAUCCAUUUCAUAUAUGGCUGAUUGGCAAAGAGCGCUACGUUUUUCCUUGUUACAUUACCUUGCAUCGUAUUGUAACAUAUAAGUGAAUAUGAGACUCCAACAAUGCGAUUUCACGGAGUGUGUGCGUGCGUGCGUGAGAGAGAGAGAGAGAGAGAGAGAGAGAGAGAGAGAGCUAGCAUGCGUAUGCUUGUAUGUAUUUUCAUUUCACUUUCUACUUAUUAACAAUUACGAUAUAAGUAUGUAGCAGUAAUAGUUCGCUAAAGGAGGGACACGCGGUAGUUGUGUGCCAAUUAGAGAACUAGACAAGUAAGAACUUGGCAAGGGGGCGCGUGCUCGAGAGGGAUUUGCGAAAGUAUCGUGCUACCGGCGAUCGCGGAUUCGAACGAAAGUGAGCGAGUUAAAAAUAGGUGCAAAGGUCAAGUUCGAUUCGUAAUCGGCUUAAAAAGGAAAAGGGGAGAGAAAAAAAAGAAAUAGCUCUCUCUCUCUCUUUUUCUCUCUCUACGUGUGCGUUGCCACUCGGGCCUUCGUCUCUUGCUCGAUUGGGGGAAACGUAUGGGGGAGGAGAGUGCGAUCGGACACACGGAUGAAAAAAAACACAUGCUCUCAGCGGGUUGCACGCUAUCAAAUACUGAUUAUACUAAACGGGAGACUUUUGCGCCGCGCUUGAUUAAUAUAGGUUCCUAUCUUCUGUAGAAUGGCACAGCGACGGCCCGUAUACAACAAUGGCAGACAAAGAGGGAGAAAGGGGUAGAUUCGAGAAGCCGGUUAAUUCUAAUCUCACCUCCUCCGCUAUAUUUUACCAUAAUCGCGCGGCCGCGGUCGCGAGAGGGAGAGCUUCCUCGAUUCAAUUUGCUCGAAUUGUCGAUCAGGCCGAUCAAGAUGCUAUAGUAGUCGCAUUGAAAUGCGAGAUUUCGUAUUUAAAAUCGACGUUCAUCGAUUAUAGCGAUAUUCUGGAGAGGAUGUAAUCUUCGAUUUUCCAUUUGUUAUUGAAUUGAGAUUGAUCGCAAUUUUGUUUUUUUUUCCGCGCGGUUGCGUAACAGCGAGAGACGUUCGCACGAUCGCCGAUAGAGAUUAUUUAUGAACUAUUGUGCAUAGAUCAAUAGGCGCCGGCGAUACAAACGUUUGCCUUUACUCAUCGAGCGAGUGAGCGAGCGAGCGUGCUCGUUCACGAAUACGAUUACUUGGUACAUGUUUUUGUAAAUACCAGCGCAUAAUCGGAUGGAAGUGGCUUAACUCUUCCGAUAUCAUUUCUUCCUUUUAUAUGAAAAAAGCACGAGGUAUUUAUAUUGAUAAGUUCAUGAUGCAUUUCGACUUUUUUUUUUACAUUACGUUGAAUCGAAUUUAGCGACUCUAUCAAACGAGACGUAUCUCUGUACUCCGCAAUGAAACGAAUGAUUAUUUAUUGCUUUCUUUAUUCUCGGUGAAACUUUUUGAGCGUUCCUUGGGAUCGGGCACGUAUCGAGAUGUAUCCUGAUGAUAUCGAAGGAUUAACGAGUAAUAAGUUUAUCUCUAAACGUUUAAUGUAUUUCGUCCCGUUAUUUUUAUUUUGAUAGUUCAGUUUUGAAGAGAAGUCUUCGAAAUACUUCCAAGAAUCUAUAUUAUUCCUGAUGAUAGUAUAAUCCACAAUGUCAGCCUUUCAUUAAUAAAUGUUAUAAAAAAAAAAAAAAAAAAAAAUUGAACCAUAC